ACAUUUGUGUCAUGGACGGUAAUUUUAGCAAAGAUCCUAUGAGAUGUGUGUUGUUGUGUAACACUGGUCGGUGAUUCUGGUUCUUUGCUUUCCGUGUGCCAUUUCUUGCACUCGCAGUUUGCUCUUUGCUCUCUCUCUCUCUCUCUCUGUCUUUCGCUUUCUCUCUCCAAAUCUCCCACUUUGUUUUCUAUCAAACACACACGAUUCAUUCAACAUCGUCAACUACCCCACUUCUCUCUCUCCCUCUCCGAAUAAUCCGAAACGCCUUUUUCUGUCAAACUCCCCCCGCGAAACGUUUCGUUCCUCAUUUCCUUCUCACCUCCACCUCCUCGCCUCUUCAUCACCACUCUUAUCGCGUUUCGACUGUCACUCUGAUCUAAAAAAACGUUUCGUCCUUCAUUCUCACCUCCCCCCACUUUUCCACAACCCUGGUUCUUCAAUUCUCCCACAGAUCCCAUUUCUUCAAAAUCAAUUCCCAUCUCUCUCAUAAAUUUCCCAACUUUGAAAUUCAAUCCUUUUUUUUUCCAAGAUUUCAAAUUCAAAUUCAAGAAAACAAAAAAAACUCACACAGAUAUAUUGGUUUUCUUCUUUGUCUCAAUGAUUUGAUUGAAUCAGCAAUGGCUCGUUGGUACAACAAAGACGAAACAACAACAACAACAGAGAAAAACUUCACAUGUUUACACAAACUAGUACAAAUCCUCUCGUUCCUCGUAGUUUUCGUGGCCGGAAUCGUGAUCGGAUUGGUGACAACCUCGAACAUAAACCGCCACUUCAUCAACAACCGCCAAUCCUUCUCUUCUUCCUUCGUGCCUGUCCGCAAAUCAUGCGACAACAACAAUGUUAACGAGGAGUGUUUUUGUGGGAGCUUGAAGGGGUAUUUGAGGACCAAAAACGUGAGUCAUUCGAUGUCGGAUGAGGAGUUGCUGUGGAGAGCUUCCUUGAUGCCCAAGAAAGAGGAGUACCCUUACAAGAGAGUCCCUAAAGUGGCUUUCAUGUUCUUGACUAGAGGGCCCUUACCCAUGUUGCCUUUGUGGGAGAAGUUCUUUGAUGGACAGGAUCCAGACUUGUUCUCCGUUUAUGUCCAUGCUCCUCCCGGGUUUGACCUCAAUGUGUCUAAGGAUUCGCCUUUUUAUCAUCGGGAAAUCCCCAGCAAGAGUGUUUCAUGGGGAUCCGUGAAACUGUCUGAUGCUGAGAGGCGCCUUCUAGCCAAUGCUCUGCUUGACUUUUCAAAUGAGCGAUUUGUACUUCUUUCUGAGAGCUGCAUCCCAGUCUAUAACUUCCGAAAAGUUUACAAAUAUCUCACUGAUUCUACCUACAGUUUUGUUGAGUCAUAUGAUGACCCCUCUCGAUAUGGACGUGGCCGCUACAGCCGCCAUAUGCAUCCUCAUAUAAAGCUCUAUCAUUGGCGGAAAGGGUCCCAGUGGUUUGAAGUUAACCGUGAACUAGCUGUUUAUAUAGUUGGUGACACCCAGUACUACACCCUCUUCAGGAAAUAUUGCACGCCUGCUUGCUACCCAGAUGAACAUUACAUUCCAACUUUCCUGAACAUGUUCCAUGGUUCACAGAAUUCAAAUCGGACUGUGACUUGGGUUGACUGGUCGCUGGGAGGUCCACACCCGGCAAUGUAUGGAGAAGCUAAUAUUACCAAGGAUUUUAUCCAGUCUAUAAGGAAUAACCACACACUUUGUCAAUAUAAUUCUGAGAUGACAUCUGUUUGUUACCUCUUUGCCCGGAAGUUUGCUCCAAGUGCACUGGGGCCUUUGCUUGACCUUAGCUCAACAGUAAUGGAAUUUUGAAAAUUUUGAUUCAGCAGAGACGAGAUUCUUUUAGAAAUUUUGACAUUUUUUUUACAUUUUGUUAGGACAUUAUUCUUAGUUUGCCAAUUGUAGUACUGUUUGGCUCAUUGAUUUUUAUUCUGGUACAGAUGUACAGGUAGUUUUGUUAGAGAAAUUGGGUUCUCUACCAUUGAGAGAUUAUUGUUGCACAUAUUUUGAGAGGAGAAUUAUCAGGUCCAUUUUGGAAAGAAAGCAUUAAUUUUACAAAUUAAUGUUAGCAUUUAUUUAUUUUUUA